AUGAAUAACCGAGUGAUAGGAGGAACCUUCUUCACACAUCGUGAUAUCCACAAGCUGACCUGGAACUCACCGAAUGGAAGGGACAAAAACCAGACUAACCAUCUGAUGAUCAAUUGCAUAAGAAGACGCUCUGUAUUAAAUGUUAGGGUCAAGCGGAGUGUAGACGUAGGCAGCGACCAGCACCUGGUGACAGCACUCAUUAAGAUCAAUCUGAAAAAAGCUGAAGUAAGGCUUAACACUCAAACACGUUUUGACAAUCAGAGACUGAGGGACAACACCACGAAGGCUGCCUUCAUCAUUGAUUUAAGAAUCAGAUUCCAAAUCUUGCAAGACACACAUGAUAAAGGUGAGGAGGCCAAUAUGGACAACACUUGGAAGCAAGUGACCCAAUUGUACACUGAAAGCAGCAAAAAGAAGCUAGGCGUUUGCAAAAGAAACAUCAAAAAAGACUGGAUCCAGCAGGAGACUCUAAUUGCUAUAGAGGAGAGAAAGGAAAUCAAGAAAAAGAUGCUGAAGAUCAAGUACCCACGACUGCGUGAGAGGCAUGAGGAGCUGUUUAGUGAGGCCAACAAGAGAGUCCAGAAGAUUGCACGCCAUGACAAGAGAGAAGUCAUGGACCAACUUGCAGCUGAGGCAAAGGAAGCAGCAGUACGGGAGAGCAAGGGAGAGUACACAAGAUCACAAAACAAGUGUGUGGUAAAUUUAGAGGAAACACAGGAGGACCUAUCAAGGACAAACAUGGAACACUAUUGA